AAGUUAUCAUUGUGCUAUAAAAACUUCAAUGACGAUGUUUACAAUCGGCGCUCAGAAAUAAACAAAUCGUGGUUUGUCAUAGUUUCUACUUAAAUUUAAAACGAUUAAAUGCAGAAUAUUCAACAGUACAACAGUUCUGAUAGUGAUGAAAACGAGAACCCGGAACCAGAUAGAUAUGAAACCAGUUUGCCUUCAUCAAAAGAUUUGCUUCUAUUCGAAAAACCCGCCGUGCAGCAGACAGUAAGCAAUGCUACUAAUCAUCAAGGACGAAUCCGAACAUUUCCACAUGAAAGAGGGAUUUGGGCUAGCUAUGUAUUUAUAGAUUAUAAUGAAGUUGAUGCCUUUAAAGACCUGCAACAGUUGCUUAUAGAUCAUGUCUCCAAAGAUUUAAAUUUGGAAUUGAAUACAGUGGACAAUCUUCAUAUGAGCCUUACCAAAACGUUUGUUUUGCGACAUCAUAACAUACCAGCGUUCGUGGAGAACGUGCGAUCUGAGCUCCAGUCUAUCAAACACUUUAGGAUAUUACUCUCUGACCUGGCUAUCUACAGUAAUGAAGAGCACACAAGGACGUUUUUGGCUGUGAAAGUACAUACAAACAGUUACGGGCCAAUCAACAAACUCGUUGACAACCUUGACAAUUGCAUGCGACUUUACAAAUUGCCAGAAUUCUACAAGGAUCGAUCUUUUCACGUUAGCAUUCUGUGGACCCUAGGGGAUCAGCGAAAGCAAUUAACGGAUGGGCUCGAAAGUUUGCAGAAAACUUUUGCCAACUUCUACGAAGAAGAAUACUGUCAUAUGAAUCUGAACGUAAGACAGAUUCACUGCAAGUGCGGUAAUAAAUACUAUCACUUUGAUCUGUUGUGAAUCAAUCGUAAGAAUAUUAUUUAUAACUAGUUGAACGUUCCCGGCGAUGCUCGGGAUCAAAGGUUUCAAAAUUAGGAAUCAUUUUGUAUAAUUCAUUGCUUUAUUAACACAACUCACUCUAAAAAUAUUUCACAUCUUAUACGUCCAUCAUCACUCUUUACUCAAAAGUCAUUCCUGAACAUAAACAAACAUUUUAAUGAAAAAAAUCAUAUAUCAUAGCUGUGAGACAAAUUGAGCUUAAAAUAUCAUGGUUUUGCAUUUUUCAUGUGGUUUUGUGAAGAAUAUUUAAAUUUUAAAUAAUCAGAUACCUAUCAACUUUCCCUCAAAUAUCUUUCUUGAACAUCAACGAACAUUUUAUUAUAGAAAAAAUCACAGAUCACAGCUUCGGGUUUUGAUUUAGAGGUGAAUUCAGUUUAAAAAGUCCUAAUUUUGCAUGUUUCACGUAGUUUUGUGAAUAAUAUCUCGAGUUUUAGUAAUCAGAUACCUGUUAUUUUUCCUCAGGUGUCUUUCUUAUACAUCAACGAACAUUUUAGUGAAAAAAGAAUCACAUGUCAUCGCUUUGAAUUUUGAUUUUUAGACGAAUUAAGUAUAAAAAGUCAUAAUUUUGCAUGUUUCACGCAGUAUUGUGGAUAAUAUCUCAAGUUUUAGUGAUCGGAUACUAAAUAUUUUUCCCUAAAUGUCUUUCCUGAACAUUAAUAAACAUUCUAAUGUAAAAAUAAUCAUAUGUCAUCGCUUUGAAUUUUGAUUUAGAGGCAAAUUUAGCAC